AUGUUGGAGUUGGUUUGUGAACGGAGAGGCGGGCAAAAAUUACCGAAGACAAAAGUGAAGCAUGAAGCAACAAGAUCAAGAAAAUGUGGGUGUUUGUUCAAGGUGCGUGGAUAUGUCGUGAGGGAAAACAAUGCAUGGAAAUUGGCUAUUCUUAAUGGCGUUCACAACCAUGAGAUGGUGCAUUAUGUAGCAAGGCACCUUCUUGCCGGAAGAUUAAUGGAGGAGGACAAGAAGAUUGUACAUGACUUGACCGAGUCCAUCAAAAAUAUCAAGCAAGUCUACAAUGAACGUCACAAAUUCGAAAAGGCAGAAAGGGGUGACUUGACGGAGAUGAAAUAUCUAAUCUCAAAGUUGGAAGAGAAUGGAUAUGUUCAUUUCGUAAGAGAAAAACUGGAAAGUCAAACCGUUCAAAGGUGA